AUGCAUUUGAAAAAAUUGGAGUCUUCUGAGCACGGUACCACUUCGGAUGAAUCCGAUGACGUCGUUUCAUCAGGUUCAGGCGAAAUGUAUGAUCCAUCAAGUAGUGAUGAAUCUUCGGACAGCAAUUUAUCUCCUUCUUCCCCAAUUACCUCCACUACCAACAAUGCCGAAACCCAGCCAGAUGAAACACAACUCCAUGAACCAUCUCCAACAGUGAGGGGAAAAAAAAGAACAAGAAAUGUCGAAAACUGGUGCAAAGUAAAAGCUAAACUGUUGAGGAACUCAGGAAAAAGUUAUACAGGUAGAACAGGAAAAACUGUACCCCCUCGAAAGAUGGGUCCUUCUUGCAAGGAUAAAUGUAUCCUGUCUUGUUCCAAGAAAUUCACAGAACAAUACAGAGUUCAGCUGUUCACGGAUUAUUGGGCAAUGGGUUCGAUACAACGUCAGCGGGAUUUUCUCAGUGCAUGUAUUGAGAAACUUGCUCUGAAAUAUCGUCGCAUAACUGCCCAAGAACCUCGAAAGCCAAAUUGUGCUUUUUAUCUGAGGGAUACUAAUACAAAUAAGGUUCGAGUAUGUAAAACCUUCAUAAUAAAUACUUUGGGGAUAAGCGAAAGAGCAAUCCGUACAGUAAUCGGAGCCACAUUCAGUGGAACUGGAAUUGCUUCUUUGGAAGACAAAAGAGGUAAACAUACCAAUCGUAAGAAGAUAGACGAAGAAAUUUUGAUUUCAGUCAGGAACCACAUAAACUCGAUCCCCCGUGUUGAGAGCCACUACGUACGAAAGGACACAAAGAGAGAGAUCAUCGAUGGUGGUUUAACCAUAGCAGAUAUGCAUCGUCAGUAUUCUGCCGAACGAUCUGCAAUUAAUAUGGCAAAUUAUGAUACGUAUGCACGGAUAUUUAACAACGAAUUUAAUAUAGGAUUCUUUCUGCCGAAGAAGGAUCAAUGUGAUCAAUGUGAGGCGUACAAAAAUGCUGUUAAUGAUGACAAGAAGGAACUUGAAGACGCUUACCACCUACAUCAGGAGGAAAAAGAAUUAAGUCGACUUGAGAAAGCAGCGGAUAAAGAAAAGUCCCAAAAAGGAGAAAUCAAGUUAGCUGUUUACGACCUACAAGCAGUGUUGCCAGUACCGAUGGGGCAAACAUCAGCUAUUUAUUACAAGUCACGACUAAAUUGUUUCAAUUUCACAGUAACUGAAAUCGGAAGCGACAAGACCGUGUGCUUCUUUUGGCAUGAAGGACUUGGGCACAGGUGUGUUAACGAGAUAGGAACUGGCGUUUACAAAUAUCUCGACGCGUGUUCAAGUAGCAGCCCUGGGCAAGACGUUGUAUUGUACUCAGACAACUGCGGGGGCCAACAGAAGAACCGCCACAAAGAUCUGAAUGUUAUUGAAUAUGCAAGAGACAAUCACAUUCACAUGCUGAGCACUCCGCCCCACACGACUCAUAAGCUUCAGCCAUUAGAUCGUGUGUUCUUUAAGCUCUUUAAACAAGCUUAUGGGGCAGCAAUUGCAUCAUGGAUGCGCCAGAAUUAUGGUGCCCGACUGACCGAUUAUGACGUUGCUGGACUGACCAAUAUGGCAUUUACCAAACCUGCUAGAUUAGAGAUAGCCCAAAGUGGUUUCCGUUGCACGGGUAUCCAGCACUUUAAUCGAGAUGUGUUUUCAGACCUAGACUUUUUAGGUUCCGCUAUGACUGAUAUACCAAUCGAAGAUAGAGCUAGCCAGUCAACAAUCCAGGCAACUACUCCUGUAGCGUUUGAAAAUUCACCAAGACCUUACUAG